GAUUUAGCAAUGCCAAAAGAAUGAGAGUGGGUGUCAGUGCACGGAGCUACGGGUACAACAGCCGUUUAGACGAUUGAAGAGGUCUUCGCCUGAAACUAACACGCAAGAGAAUGUCAAAGCAUAUAGAGCUCGAAAACGAGAGGCGUAAAAAGAUGGAACUACACGACAAGGCAUCAAGAGCUACACCACCUUCUAGAAGGGCUGCUGAAACACAACCGAUAGGUUCAACGAUUAAAAAUUCUUAUGCUUCUUGGAAUUCAAAUGCAGCGAAAACGAGAUCCCCCGAAAGAAUUCCAAAAUAUUCUGGUGGAUUUUCUAACAACCCCAUGAAUUCUGUUGGUCAACUGCCUCAUGUACCAUCAAUUAGGCCGAUAGAUGCUUCAAGAGAAGAGCAUUUGUCGAUGAGGGAUGCCUUGGAAUCUUCUAGGCCAGAUUUACCUAUAUUCACCACUCCGAGAGGUUUUCUGGAUAAUGGCAAGAUGGUCACCGAUCUUCCUCCAGCAACAGGUGGCAUGUCCAGACCUAUUUACCAGGUGAAAGCGAUGAGGCAACUACAACUUAGAAAAUUGAGGCGUGUGGCAAACAAGCAAAUGUGCCGCAAACCGCUGUAGCUGAAUUUAUGGUUUGUGUUUCGUUUGCACAAUUUUUCUUUUUACCUUUAAUCAAAUGAGGUCUGGUAUCGAUUGUUUAAUUUAUGCUACGAUUCUCGACUGGAAUUUCAACUAAUGAAUGUAAACACUUUCAUUGCAGAUCUGCUUGGGGGGUCUCGUGUGCUGAUCAUAUUAAUACGUUAACCUCAUUUUACAUAGUCUGGUAAAACAUAUUAGAAUUCAGCUACGCUCUAUGAUUCCAUGUUCUCUUCUGUAUCACAAAAUGCUGCUUGUUUAUUUAGUACAGGUUGGUACUUUUGAAAUUUUCUUAUUAGUUUUAAGUGUAUCAUGUUGUAUUACUGUUAUUAUUAGCUGCAACAAUAAAAGGUUUCUGAUAGUUAUGUGAGUAUUAGUUUCUCUGAUUUUAAGCACAUUAAAAGUGACAUCUUCGCUAGGUUAAUCUCAUUUUACACUUCUAAUUCUAUAAUAAAAUAUAAAGACUUCACUAAUUUGUUUAGGUAUGUAGUUGUUUUCUUUAUUUAUUAAUAUGAUAUGACUAUAUAUAUACCUAGCCUCUUUUGUCAGUGUUGCGACUCUAAUCUAUAAAUUCAUUAUUUUGUUUUUCAAUUUUGCAUUGUUUUCUCUGGGAAUCCGAGUUUCAAACAUGUACAUGAGUUAGGUUAUCUAUGUAUAAGUUUUAUUAUAUUGGUUUAUAGGUGGUAAUCUGGGUACAUGUGGUUGCCUUGUAUUAUGAUUUUUCAGAAUCGUUGCCUUUGCUUCUAGGUUUAUCAGUUCUGUUCUUUUUCUGUGUUUACAUUUAUUACAGCAAUAUUCAUUUUUUAUUAAAUCGUUUCCUUCCAUAAUUUGGUUUUAAUUUCUGAUAACGGCAUUAUGCGCAGGCCUUUGUGUGAGCAUCAUUAUUCAAUCACUCAACAA